CGCCGUCGCGGCUCCUCCGCCCCUCGCAGCCCGGUGCCGACAGCAGGGCUGAGCCUUGCCGGAACCAGCGAAGGGCAGAGCUGCGAGGACGUGGAGCGGGACAGCUGCCGAGGGCAUGGAGGGUCCGGGGCUGCCUGUCGUGCUCAUUGACCACCUCGGAGGGGUGCAGGGGGUGUAUGAAGACCACACUGAAUUCCUGCAGAAACAUUUUCAUCUCAUCACCAUGGAAGAGUUUCUCGAGAACAAGGAGGACCUUGCCCCAAAGAUCAGAGCUGUUUAUCAGUGGUGCCAGAAACCAGUUGUGAACGAGGAGCUGCUCCAGAGCCUGCCUAACCUGUCGAUCGUGGCAAGUGCUGGCGUGGGGAUAGAUCACCUGGACCUGAAGCUCAUUUCCAGCUAUAGUGUGAAGGUGUCCAACACUCCCUCCGUGGUUUCCACUGACACUGCAGACCUGGGGAUAGCUUUGAUGCUGGCAUCUUCCAGGAGGAUCGUGGAAGGCCACCAGAUUGCAGUCUCCCCACACACACAGCACUUCCCCACUGACUGGCUGGGCACUGAAGUUUCUGGGGCAACCCUGGGCAUCGUGGGCAUGGGUACCAUUGGCUACAAAGUGGCCCAGAGAGCCAAAGCCUUUGAGAUGAAGAUUCUGUACCACAGCAGAAAGCAGAGAAACAAGGAAGAAGAAGGAACUGUUGGAGCCAUUUACUGCAAGAAGAUUGAUGAUUUACUGCAGCAGUCAGACUUUGUGCUGCUCUCUGUGAACCUGACCCCGCAGACACAGAAGCUGAUUGGGAGGAGGGAGCUGGAGCUGAUGAAGCCAACAGCUACCCUCAUCAACAUCAGCAGAGGUCUGGUGGUGGAUCAGGAUGCUCUGGUGGAAGCCCUGCAGAACAGAGUUAUCAAGGCAGCAGCUCUGGAUGUGACAUACCCUGAGCCCUUGCCCAGGGAUCACCCUCUGCUGAGGCUGGAGAAUGUGCUGCUGACUCCCCACAUUGGCAGUGCCACGGGGCAGACGCGGCGCCGGAUGAUGGAGGGCAUGGUGGAGAGCAUCCGGGCAGGGCUGGCAGGGCUGCCCGUCCCUAACCAGGUGCUGCCCUGAAGAGGCCUGCCCUGGCUCUUGGGGCCAUCAGUGGCCGUCCUGGUGCCAGGGGGCAGGCAUUUGGUGUGCCCCAUACAGGUAAAAUGGACACUGCAUGGCCUGCAAGCAUUUGAGUAACCA